CGAGGAGAACCGAGGAGAACCGAGCGAGGAGGCUGGGCCGGCGGGAGAGGCCGAGCGAGCCAGCCAGUCCGAAGGUCCGGGAUGCCCUACAAGCUGAAGAAGGAGAAGGAGCCUCCAAAGUCUACUAAAAGCACUACAAAAGCCAGCAGUGGCAGCAGUGGGAAGGAUGGCAGCACGGAGAAUUCAGAAGAGGUCCAGCAGCAGCAGCAGCAGCAGCAACAGCAACAGCAAACCUCGAAUAAGCGUCCCAGCAACAGUACCCCACCACCGACACAACUGAAUAAGAUCAAGUAUUCAGGGGGACCCCAGAUUGUAAAGAAGGAGCGAAGGCAGAGCUCUUCUCGCUUCAACUUGAGCAAAAACCGGGAACUUCAAAAGCUCCCUGCCCUUAAAGAUGCACCACCUCAUGAAAGGGAAGAGCUCUUCAUACAGAAGCUGCGACAAUGCUGCGUUCUCUUUGACUUUGUCUCAGACCCACUCAGUGACUUGAAGUUCAAAGAGGUGAAGCGAGCAGGUCUCAAUGAAAUGGUAGAGUACAUCACGCACAAUCGGGAUGUUGUGACAGAGGCCAUUUACCCUGAAGCUGUUAUCAUGUUUUCAGUGAAUCUGUUCCGCACGCUUCCUCCAUCGUCAAAUCCAACGGGAGCAGAGUUUGACCCUGAAGAAGAUGAACCCACGCUAGAAGCUGCUUGGCCACAUCUCCAGUUGGUGUAUGAAUUUUUCCUGAGAUUCCUGGAAUCACCAGACUUCCAACCAAAUGUAGCCAAGAAGUAUAUUGACCAGAAGUUUGUAUUGUCGUUGCUGGACCUGUUUGACAGUGAAGAUCCUAGAGAGCGAGACUUUCUGAAGACCAUUUUGCAUAGGAUUUAUGGGAAGUUCUUGGGCCUCCGAGCAUAUAUAAGGCGGCAGAUCAACAAUAUAUUUUACAGGUUUAUCUAUGAGACAGAGCACCAUAAUGGAAUUGCAGAGCUGCUAGAGAUUUUAGGCAGUAUAAUCAAUGGAUUUGCUUUACCUCUGAAGGAAGAGCACAAGAUGUUCCUCAUCCGGGUUUUAUUACCAUUACACAAAGUGAAAUCUCUGAGUGUCUACCACCCACAGUUGGCAUAUUGUGUUGUGCAGUUUCUGGAAAAAGACAGCAGCCUGACUGAACCAGUAAUUAUGGGCUUGCUGAAGUUCUGGCCCAAAACACACAGUCCUAAGGAAGUUAUGUUUCUGAAUGAAUUGGAAGAAAUUCUGGAUGUCAUUGAGCCUUCUGAGUUUGUGAAGGUUAUGGAACCUCUCUUCAGGCAGCUGGCCAAGUGUGUCUCCAGUCCACACUUCCAGGUGGCAGAAAGGGCAUUGUAUUAUUGGAACAAUGAAUACAUCAUGAGUUUGAUCAGUGACAAUGCGGCCAAAAUUCUCCCCAUCAUGUUCCCAGCGCUCUACAAGAAUUCCAAGAGUCAUUGGAACAAGACAAUCCAUGGGUUAAUCUACAAUGCGCUGAAGUUGUUCAUGGAGAUGAAUCAAAAGCUUUUUGAUGACUGCACACAGCAAUACAAGGCAGAGAAGCAGAAAGGGCGAUUCAGAUUGAAGGAGCGAGAAGAAAUGUGGCACAAGAUUGAAGAACUAGCCCGCCAAAACCCACAGUAUCCCAUGUAUUGCGCACCCCCACCUUUGCCUCCUGUUUAUUGCAUGGAGACGGAGACCCCCACUGCAGAGGACAUACAGCUGUUGAAGAAAACGAUGGAGACAGAGGCUGUGCAGAUGCUGAAAGACAUGAAGAAGGAGAAGGUUUUGCUGCGUCGGAAAUCUGAGCUUCCUCAGGAUGUCUACACCAUAAAGGCCCUGGAAGCACACAAGAGAGCAGAAGAAUUUCUCACUUCGAGCCAGGAGGCACUCUGACGGGCUAGGGAGCCCCUGGAGGGUACACAGAAAUGCACUUUGUUCUAAUGUAUAGGGAAUGAACAUGGUGAGCUGUGCCUGUCCUCCACUCCAUUCUCAUACUUUCAGGUUAGAUUUGAUUUUACAUUGUACCUCAUAUCCCACCACACUGUCACUUCCUCCUGCUUUAUCCUCUUAAAGCUGUUCUUGUGUGCACGUUUGAAGGGAGCCUAGCCAAUCCAUGAGAGUACCAUUCCUUGCAGGGAUCAUUUCAUUUCCUGCUCUCUGACUCCCAGCCUCACUACCAAAGCAGAGAGUUCAGCAACUUCUUAGCUGCACACUACACUUAACUACUCACUACAGCCUACUGGCACCUGUUUAUGUACCAUUUUCCAUACACAGCCAUAAACAGAUACUGUAUAUGAAACUGACUAAGCAGAUCAAAUUCUGUCCAUUUGCUCAAGAUCAAGGUAGGUUUGUUCCUUUAAGACCAGGUUAGAUUUGGUGGGACCAAUGUGUUGUUUUUUUCCACUUUCAACAACUGGCAAAUCUAUUGAAGAACUCUAGUUAUUUUGAUUCACAAGAGCAAGGGUGAAAGCAUCAUGCAGGAAACUUCUUGCUUUUGGCUGCGUCUGGAAAGGGAUGUAAUCAUUCUGUGUAAGAAAGUCCUAAAUGUUUGUGAAUGCAAAUUGAAAAGCAAAAAUUUGCACACUGUGUUCUGCUCACAUAUUCCCCCCUCCUCCGAAUUUGUGAUGCAAGUGGCAGCCAGACAUAAUUCCAAAUCGAUUGCUUUGGGCUCUGUGGUAGUUUUUCAUCCUUUCAGAUACUACUAGUUGAUCUAUGUGCCUGUUAGCUAGCCUGCAGCUGCUAUGUAGGAGCCUCACUUAGGUUUUGGUUGACCCCUCCCCUCACUUCAGCUCCACUGUUCUCGCAGCCCUCUUGGCUAAAACUGGAGUGAGGGUGACUCUUGAGCAGUCUUGUACUCAUGCCAGCUCCAUAUCAACUGCUGGCUUCUAGACUUGGAACUCUGAGUGAAUGCUUACUAAAAAUAGAAAGGUUGUUGUAGUUUCAUAAUGGCUUUUAACAUUUCCCCUAUUGGGAACAAGAGACGAAAAUUAACUUCACAGUCUCAGAAAUUGGCAACCAGGCCUCCUCAUCUGGAGCACAUGAAGCCUCAUUGGGGCUCAGAUUCAUUUCAGAGGUUCUGCCCUAUAAGCCCAAGAGAAGGGGACAGACAUACCUACAGUAGAAGCUCAUUUUUAUGGUGUGAACUAGUUCAGAGCACUGGACACUUUCCUUUGGCUACUGCUGCCCCAAUAGUAAUUGCUGGAUUCACUUAAUGUGCUACCAUUGCUCUCAAGCUGCUGGCUGUUUCAGAAUCAUGAAAGAUUACAAAAGGGAAAGGCCCUUAUAGCUUACCCAUUCCUCAUCCACGGUCUGCCUCUCUUACCAGCUCUAAUAAUGUAUACUGAUUGCUGGGUUUCCCCCUCAGAGUCUAGCUUCCAGCCAAUUACUACCAGUACCUCAAACCAAGGUUCUCAACUUAAGCAUACCUGCUUCGAAGUAACUGUCUAACAUCAGUGAGAUUGAUGAGUUAAUGAUAUAAGAGCAGGCUUCAGCCUAACUUGUUUUAAUGCUAUGUAACAUUCCUGUUCUUCGUUUAAUCUUUGCACAGUGUACAGCCUUGUCUACUUAACAUGUUCACACAGUACUCCCAACCCUUCUUCUGUACCUUGAUCCGUUUAUAUGUAUUUCCUUAGACAUACCUGUUACCUUGAGAACAGCCUACCCUCCCAUUUGUUUAGUGGCCUUUCAGCCAUUAGAAAACUGAUUAGUUAACAUUUGAAAAGUGGGAAUUUACCAGCUGUUCAUACCGGCAGCUAAUCCAUGGUGUUGCUCUCCUUAACCUGCCAAUUGUUCUUUGGGAAGAAGAGUUGCUGCUAAAUCUGUGUCAUGUGACUCGGCUGCCAACUGGUACUGUCUUACCUAGCUUACCUGCUGCCAAAAUAUUUUCAAAUACUUGUCUUUAAAAAUACCAUCUGGCUACCAACUUGUUGUAGUUCUUAAUGUCCUUUUGUGCAUUGCCUGUAAAAUAUUAUUGCUAAAGGGAGAGAAGGCUGAGCAACAACUGGAGCUGCAAAAAAGCCCAAACCAGCCUCUCAACAGAAAGAUUUUGCCUGAUGUUCAGUAUGUGCCUGGUUAGCCUGCUCCUAUAGCUUGUAAACUUCAAGCACGAUUCAGGUGGUAGUAAGAAGGAGCUGACUUAGAACUGUUCUACUCUAAAGAAAAAUUCAAUCCAUCUAUUCCCCCGCCCUGAGGCUGGGCUCUGCAAAUAAGAACUGGAGGAAUUUUCUCCCUUUUACUUUUUCCCAUAUGGAUGCAACAUAGCACUCCUCUGCCUUUUACAGUUUUGCACUGGUGGAGCAGAGCUGCAACUGAGCAUCUUGUGCUGUACCGCUUAGGUGUAAAUAUAGCCCUCUGUCACCUUUGUUUGGGGGUCAGGGAAACUUGUGUUUGGUACCUAACAUUAAAGUUUAGUUUGCUGCCAAUUCAUUCCAGUGUCCUAUGUAUCUCACAGGUGGGGGAAGCUGUGUGAGAAAUGGGGUGAAAAUUAACAACUUAAGCCAAAACAAGCACCUCAAGCACACAGCUUCAGGUCACUAUCUACCUUAAUGCAGCUAUACUUAAUUUCCUUGCAUUAUUUAACCCACUUUCUGCUUGUAUCCUUCUCCACUUUUUACAUGGACUGGGUUGGAGCGGCCUCUUUCACUUCUUACAUAAACCCUCACGAGAGGGGGGGAAAGCAAAACUAAGUGAUGCAUUCACUCUCUGGACACAAGUAUUAAGCUGCUUUACAGUUCAUAUGUACAUAUGGUGUACUUUAUUUUCAGUAGAGUAUUACAUAGUAUGACAGUGUUGGAUUUUGUACAGAUGUCCCUGUAUGUACAGAACUAAAUAAAAUGGAUCUCUUGAAAAGACAA